AUGUAUGAGAUCCGUGUGAUUGAAAACGAGAGCUACCUAGAGGACUCCCAGAAGCUUCUGUAUAGAGUCUACGUGGAGGAACAAGGAUGGUGGUUUAGUAAGAACAAUCCCGCAGGAUUGAGGGUAAAAGAUGGAAGACUCAUAGACAAUCGCAGCUAUAUUGCGACAGUGUUUGGUUUGUUCUGUAAAGAUAGGCUUAUAGGUACGGGCAGAAUUUGCAGAAGAGUGAACGGAAAGUUCGAAAUACAGGAGUACGACACUGGAGAGCAACAAUCUCCACACGAAGUUGGUGCGAGGCGUAAUGAGCUACUGCAUCAACAACAAUAUGUGCAUGUUCGGCGCUCCACCUACGAACCUCACGACAAAGAAUAUGCUAACAUUCUCAUAGGAGCUACUAUGAAUCAGAUGCGUACAUGUGUCGAUAAGUUGGAUAAACUCAUAUAUAAAAGUGAAAGUCCAAUGAGUAGGUUGUAG